AUGACGCGGAACCUCUUUUGGACGCUGGCUCCCGGCUUGCUGUCAUUUCUUGCGUUCGUCCUCAUUAGUACGGCCCUAUUCGGUCAGCAUAGCACGUGGCUGGAUGGCGUCUACUUUCUGGAAGUCGAUGUGUCGUCGAUGUCAAUUCCCCCGAAGCUUGGGGAGUCGAGUAUUCUGAAUGACACCUUGAUGGUCUCCAGCACAGAUCAUACUGGACCGAACUCCACCGCUCAAUCACUUGGCGUCGCCAGCAGAUACACCGUUGGCUUACUCACAGCUUGUGGGCGCGGCAACGGGACUACCUCGUGCAUGAGCUCUUACGUUGGCUACUUUUUCGACAUUCCGAAAGUCCUCCAUUUCUCGGCCACUUCGUUGCAGGGAAAAGUGGACGGCACCUUUUUGAAAGCCACGGAGUCCUACAAGACAGCUAGCGCCUUCAUGUCCAGCGGUCUUAUCGCUUCUAACAUAUUCAACUUCUUGGUGUCCAUUGUGGGAUGCUUUUCGCCGAGAGGAGCGGGCGUCAUGAGCGUUAUUUCGACGUGCUUUGUAAUCUGCGCGACCAUCUCGGCGAUUGUCGUCUUCAACCAGUUUCAUAACGCGAUCAUGGCCACUUAUUCAAGAUCUAUUGGCUUGACAAGCAACCUGGGCAUGUCCGCUAUUGUUAUUGCUUGUGUGGGUGCCUUCAUUUCGCUAUUGGCGAGCAUUUUGUAUGUCGGCCGUUCGCUCAUGGAGGAUCCGACCCGCCAGCGGCGUCGCAGGAGGAACCGACCUGUUGCUCGUCCUACCAAGGAGAAGUCAAUGCCUUUGAUGGAUGGCGGCAAUAGCUACAAUAUCGAAGGCAUCGAGGUCUAUCACGGUGCAAGUGAUGGUGCCGGGCAACCUCAGCAGAAGAACGGCCUCUUCGGGUUCGUGGCCGGCAAGCAUAACUAUGUCCAGGUCGAAAAGCAACAUCCCCAAGGUGUAGACGACAUUGCGAACCAGCCGGUGUCUGCCCUUGGCUCACCAGAUUCGAAACCCCGGCUUGACGAGGACUGGGCGGCUCCGGAUGAGUACACUCAAAAGAGGAAGCCGGCCCCCAGCCCUCCUGGCAACAGGCAAACGAGGGAUCCAAUUGCUAGCUAUGAGCCAUAUACCAGCACAACGCAACUGUAA